AUGACCUUUUCGCGCCUCAUCCGUGUGAUAUCUCGAGCUGUUUCUCUGUCAGAGCCCCCAAUACCAUCCGCAACCCCUACACCCUCCCCUUCUACCUCUAUCCUUACUGCGGCUGUAUCAUGGAUCUUUGUGGACGUGGCGUCUUUCUUGAUUGUCAUGGUCGUCUGCGGCGUGGUCGUCUGGCGUCUUCGGCACAACGCUAGACAGGCGCUGCUUGACCACCCCCAGAGGGUACUAACCAAGGAGUACCUAGACAAGCAGAAGGAGGUCAAUGGCGAGUCGAUCUAUUCGUUCGAAUUGAUCCUUGUCUAA